GCCAUGCUUGGGGUGGGCAACUGGGCCUCCAUAAAAGCACCCCCAAAAUUCAAGGAGAGAUCAGCGACCGUCCUGUUGCCUUUCCUUGCCGGUGGGGAAACCCCGGAAGGAGAGCUCCAGAAAUGCAAUUUAGAGAAAAAAGAGGUGGCUGCUUAAAACACACGCACCCACACUCCUUUCGCAGCCUUCACCCUUGUUUUGGUGGCGCAGGUGCCCUUGUCAACUUGCUGAUCGGAGAGCUGUUCCUGCAGUCUUCCCGGUCCUCCGCCUACGUCAUCGGAGAGUUUUCCCACUGGUUCCUGAACGGCUUGACGGUCCUGAUCUUUAUCCAUAUAGAGACCUUCGUGGGGCCCUACAGCCUCCUCCUUUGCAGCCCCAUGAGCAUGGCGGCUUUCUUUUACGUCUUGAAGAUGAUUCCCGAAACCAAGGGAAAAACCUUUUUGGAGAUCCGGGGAUUGGUGCCAGCCUACAGGUCCAGGAAGACUCUGGUCCAGGAGCCCCCGAGCGAAUAAAAUCAGCGCCUUCCGCUCAGACUUUGAGUCCGGAUAAAGCCAUGGCGGCUCGGAAGCGUCCUUCUUCCCCGAAACGGAGAAACCCAGCCCUGCAUUUUUUAAUCCUGUUCUGCGAAACCAGCCGGGACGCGGCGCCUUCCGUGUUCUUGGACUGGGGCAAGGCGUGGUAGCCCGUUCUUCGUGGCUUGACUUGCUCCCUUGUAAAUAGCGAGGUGUGUGUUUGUUUUCAUAAA